UGAGCUUGUUGUGCUGGGAAACAGAAAUUUGAGAAAGAAAGAAAAAAAAAAUCAAAUGUUCAGUCCCCAGCAACAAGUCUGAGUGCAGCAGCCCCCGAAUUCCCUGCCAACUUUGAGCAGAACUGGGAUGGGGAAUGGAGGCAAGGGGAUUGAGGGUUUGUUUGUUUUAACUGCCAUACACUUUGUUCAAAAAAGAUAUAGUGGAGCCACUCUGAGUCUUUCCUGUUUCCUGUAAGGGGAAUUUGGAUCCUGCCUCACGGUAGUCAUAAAAAUCUUAUCUGCAAGGUGAAGUUUUCUCUAGAGGCUGUACUGCUUUCACCAGGGAGAACAAAUAUUGAACCCACCUCGCCUGCCUUUCAAAAAAAAAGAAAAAACAAGGGAGGGGAACUGAGGAGAGAAGGGUAGCGGUUGGGAGGGGGGAAGAGGGAAAAUAAUUCUUCAAAAAAGAAAAAUCAGUCCUCUUCUUUCCAGUCCGUGGAAUAUCCAAGGGGGACGUUGACAAGAGGGUAUUUUUAGGAAACGCGUCCAAAUAUACAGAGUAAGAGUGAAUGUGAGAGAAAAAAAAAAAGUUGUGGGUUGUAGAAGUUAUCAAGUGGGAUUUGCGGCGCUCUCUGCAGGAAACGCAAGCGGCUCCAGUUCAAAGCCACAUGCACCAACGUGACAUAUAAGCCAUUAAAAUAUCAUCCUGACGGCUCAUUUCUGCUUCAUCAUACAUUCCCUAACUGCUCCCCGAAAGCUGGAAAAGGAGAAAUGAAAGAUGACCGCCUCGCUGGAACCACAAAAGAGAGGCUUGGAGUGUUCUGUGGUCCCCCCUCAGCCACCCCAAAGUGAUGUGCAGAAAUGAGGCGAUCUCGGCAACAGGUGGAGCAGGGCUUAAAGUCAGAAAAUGAGAUCCAAGACUUCUUUGGUGAUGAGGAAACGAAUACGGCUUUACCGAAACGCCCUGAAAGAGCCAAUGCCCCACCUGUCAUCUGUGACUAGCUGGAUACUGCUUUGGGAUUUAUUUCAGAGAAUCACCUUGAAGACUCUUAUAUAAUCACCCCAAACGUCCCUCUUCAUAAAUAAUAGUAGCAGCUCCGGACACCAUGGCCCCCAGCUCGCUGCCGCCUCCAGCCCCUCGGUGUUCCCAGGCCUUCACGAGCAGCCUCCCCAGGCCUCCCCUAGCGGCACUCUGAAUGGACUCCUGCGUCUGGGGCUCCCCGGAGACAUGUACGCGCGACCUGAACCCUUCCCGCCGGGACCUGUGUCCCGCAGCGACGCCCUGGCAGCUGCCGCAGCCCUGCAUAGCUACGGGGGCAUGAACCUGACCAUGAACCUCGCCGCGCCCCACGGUCCCGGCGCCUUCUUCCGCUACAUGCGCCAGCCCAUCAAACAGGAGCUCAUCUGCAAGUGGCUGGCGGCCGACGGCUCCGUGCCCCCGCGCCUUUGCUCCAAAACUUUCAGCACCAUGCACGAGCUGGUCACGCAUGUCACCGUGGAGCACGUCGGAGGCCCUGAGCAGGCCAACCACAUCUGCUUCUGGGAGGAGUGUCCGCGCCAGGGCAAGCCCUUUAAAGCCAAAUACAAACUUGUAAAUCACAUCCGCGUGCACACGGGCGAGAAGCCCUUCCCCUGUCCUUUCCCGGGGUGUGGGAAAGUCUUUGCUAGAUCAGAAAAUCUCAAAAUACACAAAAGAACUCACACAGGGGAGAAGCCCUUCAGGUGCGAGUUCGAGGGCUGCGAACGGCGCUUCGCCAACAGCAGCGACCGCAAGAAGCACUCGCACGUGCACACGAGUGACAAGCCAUACACGUGCAAAGUGCGCGGCUGCGACAAGUGCUACACGCACCCCAGCUCGCUGCGCAAGCACAUGAAAGUGCACGGGCGCUCGCCGCCUCCGCCCAGCUCUGGCUACGACUCGGCCACGCCGUCUGCCCUCGUGUCGCCCUCGUCGGACUUCGGUCGCGAGCCCCCGGUGGCUUCCUCGGCGGCGGUGGCGGCGCGGGGCGCCGACCUGAGCGAAUGGUACGUGUGUCAGGGCGCGGGCCCCGCAGCGGCUGCCCCCGCGGCGCCCCCAAGCCCCGCGCCACCGCCUGGCCCCGCCGCUAUCGCCGCCGCCGUCGCCUGUGUUAAGGUUGCUGCUGUGGGUGCUGCUUCUGCGUCCACUGACUGGCAGGUCUAGGCUGGGUUACUGAGGCUUGAAGAGAGAGUGAGGAAGGAAGCGAGGGAAGAAGGAAGGGAGGAAGGUCACCACUAAUAGGGGGUAGAGCUCACCGAAUAUGCUGAUAUAAUGUACAUUGUCUCAAAAUAUCAAUAUGGUACCCACAUGGAUUCUGCAGUCACAUCCAGCCCCCUACACACCCACCCAGAUGCCCUCGACUGUGUUGCGUGAAGCCAGGGUUGGGGUAAAGUAAAUAAAGAGGCAGAAGGUAAAAAAAAAAAAAAAGAAGACGAAAGAAAAGAAAACAUCUUAGGAGAGUUUCUGUGCAAUCUUGGCAACUGCAGGUGGCACAAGUAAGACCACAAAGCCCUGUGUGGUUCACAGAAUGGGAAAUGUUUUCCUCGAGGCCUGGGCCUCUCCAACUGCGACCCCUACUCUCUUCCCAGCUCCCAGUUGGAGCCUCCUCGGAAUUCCUACGCGGGAAGAUGGCAGAAGAAACUCAUGAGCCAUUAUCUUCCCUCCUGUUUUCUUCCUCUUUUGCCUCCCUACACUUCCCCUCCCCCUGCUGUUCAAGUCCCAGAUCGAAAAUUUUCCAGCCACUUCUGUAAAGGACACGAUAGGGAAGUGGGGGGUAGGGGUGUGGGAGGGGGAGGUUAAGCACCUUCCCUGCGGAUUAUAUGCCCCUCCUCCAUAGACUGGCCCAGGCACACUGUCUGCGGACUUGUCUGCGGCUGCGGUAUGCAUUACAUACCAGGGGCGAGAAGUCCCAACACAGGAAAUACAAAAGAAAGUGUGCUAAAGGGGCUUUGGGAUUCAAUGCUCUGAGGACUCCACAGACCAGUCACGCUCUUCCCACGUCCCACCUUGGUCCAGGAGCUGCCUGUGGAAUCUUGUGGGUGCUUGGGAGUUUGGGAUGCAGAGUGGACCAAUGACGUCACUGAGCCUAGGCCUCCAUAGAAAAGGGAUCCCGCCUGGGCGACAGUGUCUGGGUGAAUCGCGGCAAUUCUGUGAUGGUCUUUGUCAAAAAUCACACAAUGUUGGUUUUGUUUUAAAAGGGGGGAGGGGCGCGUGGGACAAGAGACAAACUGCAAGAAUAAAUAUUUUGAAGGCAAACACCCAAUGGGUCUAAAUUGAAUGUGUAUUUGAUGUGCUGGGUACCAAAUCCCCUGAAAAAGAACCAGAUGUUGGGGGCAGGGAGAAGGAAAAGUCUGCAAUUGUUGCCAAGGGGGAGGAAAGAUCAGGGCCUGGUUCCCAGUCAGUUACCCUCUGAAGGGAAGGAUGGUGCUGCCUCAAAAUUCUUGCUAAGAUUUGGGGGGAGGGGCAGAUAAAAAAGACAGGGAAAAGUUUUGGUAGACCCAUCCCAGUCCCUUAAGAAUUUGGAGCUAAGUAGAGGUGUGAUACUCCUACCUAUGGGGAGCCCCCAAAGAGCUCAGUUAAAAAGCUGGACACAGCAAACCAGCCCAGAUUCUGCCACUCUGUUGGCGUUUCUUAUGUUCUUCCUCUUCAGACACCAUUGGAAGAUUGUCACUCCUGCCCCAUCGCCAUACACGUCCAUCCGAUAAAUAACGUCCUAACUGGAGAGGGACUGUUUUCAUUACCCCUAAUAAAAACCAGAAUCUUCCAAAUACAUCUCUAGUGAAUCCGCCCUUGUGGAAGGGGCUCUGCAGUCCUCUUCCCGCCCUACCCCCACUACAAUAGGGCCCAGAGGCCCUCUGGCCAAAGACUGGAGGUCGGCUGCAAACGGUUCUCUCUCAUCCAGCAACUCCCGCCCGGCCACCAAGGUGCAGGGGACAUCUGGGAAACUUGCUUCUUCUGAAGAUGUUAAAAAAUG